AAAUCGUUGUCGAUCGUUAUCUUACUCAGUUGAUAAAUCUCGUAAUUCUGAUCGAGAACACGUGCUCGUCACUCGCGUAGGAGUUGUGCUUCAGUCAUUUUUCAGUCGUCUAACGGUGCCCUCCUCCCGUCAUUUUUGUUUUCCCAGAGAUCAAAGUUAUCGUCGAUCUCCUUGGAGGUACAAUGACGCUUUUUGUUUGCCGCGAUCGGUGAGAGUUAGAAAGCAAAAUGUUGAAGGUAAAGAACAAGGUCAUCAAGAGCAGAUUAGUCACGGCCAGUGAAGUGAAAAUCCGCCCGAACCAGUCUACCCGACCCAAUGAAUCCAAUUCCGAGGUGGGAAUCGUUCAGCAAACUCCUUCGUCUAACCAUUUCCUUCCACGGGCUGCGUUGGACGAUGUUUGCUCCCGAUUCGUCCUCAAUAUCCCUGAAGCCUGGCAAAGUGAUCUCAACCGCGUUCUUUUUCAAAUCGAAGCUGGACAUUGGUUUUAUCUGGACCACAUCCUGAAGGAAGCUGAAAGCGCCGGGAUGAGGCCGUGUAGUCUGAAGGAAUUCGCGCGCCACAUUUUCCAUCACGUGCCGUUUCUUCAGGCCAAAUGCCACGAAGUUGACGAAGUGUUUUCUGACUGGCAGAAUUACAAGUCCCGUGUCCCAACCUUCGGUGCAGUUUUACUUGACGAAGCCAUGGACAAUGUUCUUCUCGUCCGUGGCGUGAAACCCGGAUCUUCGUGGUCGUUCCCCCGUGGCAAGAUCAACGAGAAAGAAGACGAAGUUGCGUGUGCUGCCAGAGAAGUGUACGAAGAGACGGGAUUCAACGUUUCCGACAUGAUCUCGCGUGACGAGUUCAUCGAAGGCUCGUCACCCGACGGUUUCAGAUUCGGCUCCAGACUCUUCAUUGCUCGCGGAGUUCCCAUGGAUUUCUCCUUCGGCCCGAGAACUGUCGGAGAAAUCGGGAAACUCCAGUGGUUCCGCGUGGACGAGCUUCCCACCCACAAGAAACUAGUGACUGAACAAAGUGCAAACUUUUACCUCAUCUUCCCGUUCGUGCGGAAUUUGCGCAACUACGUGCGAGACAAGAAGAAAAAGGCCAGUGUGCAGAAUAACAACGAUGACAAGACGUCGAUCGGCGUCAAGUUGGACUUGGCCUACAUUUUGGGGCCGAGUUGGCACCCGAAUCCCGAGAAGCGGCGUCGGAAUCUCGAGGUUCUCGCUGCUAAUGUUAUCAAGUGCUUUUCGAACCAAGUCGCUUGUGUGAUGCGUGGGACGCAUGCUUCUGUGAUGGAUGCGACAGCGGUGGCGGAGAAGCUGUUGCAGGAGAAUUACUUGCUUACGGCACUGGAGUUCCAUGCUGAGUUACUAGAACGUGGUCGAGAGCUCAAGGUUUUACGCGAAUUUUUCGCGAACCCGACCAACUUCGAGCUGGCCGCUGGAACUUUAGAACAGUCAGAUUCCCGGUCUUCCUUCAGCAUCCAACGUUCUGGAAGCCAAGCGACGUUGGACUCUUUCGACGGCAUCCGAAUCCACGACACCGACGCCGCCGUCAACGACAGGAUCGCAGUCCUUGAAUUCGAAUUGAGAAAAGCCAGAGAAGUCAUCGCAUCGCUGCAAAAGGACGCCUCCGAGCUUGUGACACCGCGUAGCGAUGACGCCUCCCCGUUGUCGACGACGACGGCGACGUUGACGACAACAAUGAACGCCUUGUGUCCCUGGGAAAUACGAGUGUUAAAUUCUCUCGUGAAUGCGUAUUUGAAUGCCCACGGACACAAGUUGGCGUCGUUGGCGUUUGCAGAGACCGCGGAAAUGGCGACUGAAGCGGAAAGAGGUCGGAUUCGAUCACAGAGCCUCGUGUCAUUGCUUCGAGUUACUGGGAAAGUGCCGAAUGUCGAUGCUGCCACGCAGACUGAUGAUGAAGACAACGCGGCUGUGGUUCGGGACAGUGGCGGCAACGACGGCGGCUGUGGUGGCGACGUUGUCGACAAUCUCAGCGAGGAAGAAGAGCCGCAGUUUUCUGUCGAACCGCGGUCCACGUCGAGUCCCAUAGAGCCGCCGUUUAUUGAGAAGACGCCCAAAUCGCUUCCAUGUGUCGAUCUCAGAAAAAAGUGUUUGUCAAGAUGCUUCCAGGAGGAGCUGGUCAAGUCAUGUGUACCUGAAGCAUUGGUGGAAAGAGUACUGGGAGCUUUAACCUCGUCUGACCCGGUAUGCGAGCAGACCGAGCUCAGGGAAGGGUCGAAAGUGGUGCACAUUCUAGCCGAGUCGCUGCCUCUUGUCGUGCCAAACGUUCUUUUAGCCAAAAGACAGGAGCUGAUUCCACUGCUCUUAUGUGGGAUAAAUUUUCAUGAAGACCACCAAGUUCGGGAUCAGUUGCUGCAUCUGCUAUUCAACCUGAUCAAGCGGCCUGAUGUUGCACAGAGGAACCAGAUUUUGCUGGGUUUUGUAGAGCUUGCCAAGUCCUGCGACGCAGUGCGGAUCGAAGCCGAAGUACUGCCGCAGUGCUGGGAACAAAUACAUCACAAGUACCCCGAAAGGCGGCUUCUGGUGGCUGAAUGUUGUGGUGUCCUGGCCGCGUUUGUUCCGCCAGGGAUGAGGAACUCUCUGAUGUUGUCCAUGGUGAUGCAGUUGAUUGAGGACCGCGAUGAGUGUGUUCGAGACAUUGCCUUCAGGUCUCUUGCCUUCAUUGUUGCCUUGAUGGGAGACGCGUCGAAAUACUUGUUGAUUUCUGAAGCGGUUUGCAUGGGGCUGUUGGACGUGAGCAAAAGAGUGACAACGGCGUGCAGAAACGUUUUGCUCCCAACUUUUGCUGCAUGGGCUGGACAAGUUAACCAACUGCACUCUCAUUUGGCACAUACUUUCAUGGGGUCCGUCGAAGCAGCUCUAAGAAUUGGAGACGAAGCGUUGAUGGAGAAACUGAUGCAGGACGUGGACCGACUGAAAGUCUGUGUUCCGUUCUUAUUCGUUCGAUGCUGUGCUCAAGCAUCGAAGAGUUCUGAGGAAGACCAGGAGGAUGAUUUUGUUAAUAUCGUGAAUUCAGAUUACAAAGACGGAAGGUUGUGUGAUUUAGCGACGAUUAUUGGCCGUGACCCUGUUUUACAAAGGGCUGUGAAGGAUUUUUACAAGUCUACUAAAACCCCGGAUUUUUUCGUGUCUUUUUCUUCUGAGGUUUUAUCCUGGUCAGCAAAUAUUCUGGCUCCAUUUUUGACAGACACAGCUUUAAAAUUGGAUUCAAAAUGGGAGGAAGCUUGUGAUACCUUGAUUGAUUUAACAGCUGAAGUUUGUUUUCUGUUUGGAUCCGAUUUCACCGACUUCGCGGUGAAGCCAGAGUUUUUGCGAAUAAUCAGCUUCGAUGGUGGCUUUGAGGAACCCGUGAAGCUUGCAAAUUUAGCCUUCAAAGGAGUUUGUUUACCGGUGUAUUUGGUGGGCGUUUUAUUGGUCAAUUCCAGCGUGGAAGCCAAAAAGGAAGUGAGAAGAUGGUUGGAGAAGGCAGUAGUUGUUUGUGGAACUGGGGAAGUUGAAAGCAGAAGCUUGGACGUGAUUUCCAAGUGCUUUGAGCUGGUUGCCAAAAGGUGUCCUGGGGCCACGCAGGUGUUGGUGGAUUGCGUCUGGGCCUUGGUCACACACCCGAACCCUGGCGUGAGAAGUGCCACUGGUGCGGUUUUGCCCGCUGCCGUCGGACACCUCGCGUCGAUGGACAACUCUGACUUUGGGGCCAAGAUCCUCCCGGCGUUGGUCACUUUGGUCAAUGACCACGAUCCGAGAGUCAAGUGUGCCGUGUUGCCGGCAUUUGGUUCCAUUCUGGAGAACUGCAUGAACAGGGACAUUCUGGACAAGAUUUACGUUCAGUUCCACAACCUCAAGGACACACCGCUGACCUCUGAUGAAAUUGAGUCCUAUGUUGACAUUGCAUUGAUUGAGACUUUCGGCAAGUCUUGCGUGACAGCUGAGCCGAAAUUCAGGGACGAUGUGGUGUUGCCGUGGUUGAUUGCUCAAGCAGUGCAAAACAACGGGUGUGCGGAUCAGCGGAGGAGAAGACAAGUGGCCCUGGCCCUGGCCGGGGCCUUUUCUGCCAUUGCUUGUUGCUUCCUGACCGACUCUGUCGUGGCGAAUGUUCUUUUGCCCGGAAUCAAGAGAGUCAAGUGUGCCGUGUUGCCGGCAUUUGGUUCCAUUUUGGAGAACUGCAUGAACAGGGACAUUCUGGACAAGAUUUACGUUCAGUUCCACAACCUCAAGGACACACCGCUGACCUCUGAUGAGAUUGAGUCCUAUGUUGACAUUGCAUUGAUUGAGACCUUUGGCAAGUCUUGCGUGACAGCUGAGCCGAAAUUCAGGGACGAUGUGGUGUUGCCGUGGUUGAUUGCUCAAGCAGUGCAAAACAACGGGUGUGCGGACCAAGCCUCCUCUUCUGUUCACCGGGACCGGGACCGGCCCCGGAAAAGACGUGGAAUCUCUUCUUCCUGGCUGAGUGGAGCAUUCGCGCCAAAGUUUGCCAGUGGAUCUCCGAGUCGGACGCGGGAAACUGAAAAGGCGUCUUCUCCGGUGACCGGGUCCAGCCCGAGUCUCCUUUCGGGCCACUCACCAUCGGCCAUGUUGUCGAAACUCAGUGUACCCAAGGCCCAGGCCUUGUCAUCUUUGUUCAGGAAAAAGUGCCUGAUGACUGAUGCAGAAGCUGUUGCCCCGGAAUGUUUGGAUAACCUUAUUGAGCUGAGGAAAGAGUUCGAGACCAAGACAAGCAGACUGUCUGCUGCGAAUGGACCCGGAUCUAAUGUGUCUUCACCUUCCGGUGGAAUCUCUUCUUCCUGGCUGAGUGGAGCAUUCGCGCCAAAGUUUGCCAGUGGAUCUCCGAGUCGGACGCGGGAAACUGAAAAGGCGUCUUCUCCGGUGACCGGGUCCAGCCCGAGUCUCCUUUCGGGCCACUCACCAUCGGCCAUGUUGUCGAAACUCAGUGUACCCAAGGCCCAGGCCUUGUCAUCUUUGUUCAGGAAAAAGUGAAGCUACGACGAGGAUUGGAGACAGUUUCAUAGUGCCUGACGAAAUGCUUUUUUUUUUUUGAAUUCAUAACUGCUGCCGUCCAAGUGGCAUUAGGAAGAGAGGGAAGGGAUUUUUUGUGUGUUUUUUUUUAAAGCUCACAUUGACGUGGGAAUUAUGGACAAAAUGAUAUUCAACGUAUGUGCCAGCAACGGAAGGCACAUUUUGUGUCAGUUUUUUUUUUUUCAAGGAAAAUUUUAUUCGUGAGCUGAUCUUGGAGAAUUGAUUCUAUCUUGAAUCUGGAUGCUUUUUGGAUAUGAUUCAAGUUGUGAGAAAAGCCAUGCUGUGGAUUGCG